AUGGACACUCAAACCUGCUACUCUAGCCUUGGUACCUCAAGGGCCUACGCGAGCGCCGAAGCUCUAAACAACAACAUCGACGAUUUCUGCCAAGAUAUAGCCAACAAGGUACCCCUAAUUACUAUUGGCUGGACACGGUCCAAAACCUACUACCCCAAUACGCCCGAGGAGUACACGAUGACCGUAGCGCUGUCCUAUCGCGCGUUUAGCUUCAAUCAAUACAAUUGUACCGACGCUAUGAGCUCUAUUAUCAACGGUUGCGAUGUCCCUGUUGGCGGAUACAACCCUAUGAACUGGAAGCAGGGCGGCAAGCGCGUGCAGGGGAAAUAUACGUACCAAAUCGACAUCUUUCGCCAGAAUCGGCCGUGGCCUCCGCCGGCUAAGCCGACGCAGAGCUGUGAGGGUUGGUAUAAAUUUAUUCUGCAACAUUAUGAUAUUUAUGGUGCUGGGUGGGCGAAUUAUGAUUGGGGGCAAAAAUCGCUUAUGCGAGCUAUUAAUCCCUGCUGUGGAUUAGGAAGUCUUACGGGGUGGAAUUUCAAAUAUUUCGAUCAACCGGAUAAGAACGGGUAUGAGACUUUACCAAUGGAAGAGCCUAUUAAAUAUGGUGGCGCCCCGAAUAAGAAGGCCGCCGAACCCGUGAAAUUUGAUUUCAGCCCUUUCCUAUCCGCGCCCGCAAUCAGCGAAACCGUCAAACAAGUUGGCUCCCUCCAACCUGUCUACAUCCCCGAAACACUAAUUCCGAGCCCUUUCGCGCCGAAUAUCCGCCCCAACCAACUCUUUGAAUUGAAGUAUUCCCUCUAUGAGGAACACGGCAAUGUAAAGGGAAAAGAGAUCUGGAUCAGCUGGAAACGCGCGUGGGAUGUGUGGAACAAUCACUAUAUAGAAGGAAGAGUGAAUCAGGAGUGGGUGAAGGGGGAAUUGGAGCGUAGAGAAAAAGAGUUGAAAAGUAGGAGACGCAAAAAAAAGACGAUUCAUCCUUCAAAAUCACCAGAGACUGCUCAGAAAAUACCGAAGGUUUAUACAACAUUUGCAGGUGAUAACCCGCCUUCGCCCGACCCUGGGACAAAAUGGGUGAAGGCGAGAAAUACCACCGAGGUUAUCACUGAGCGGAAGAUCAUGAAGAAGACGGGUCGAAAUGUUACCGUAAAACGGAUGAUCAAAAGAUUAAGAACAAGGCCCGGAGGAGUUAUCACGUAUAGAAGGGGCAGUAGACGUCCCUUAAUGAAAAAAGUCAAGGUUGAGGGGGUUGAGAAGUGGGUGAAAUCAGACAUAUACCAGUACGUCAAGGAAGAUACCACGGAGCCGGGACAUGAAGUGGAAAUCUAUGACGCGGAGAAAUAUGUUGAGAUAGAUGAAGAGUUGGAGGAGGUUGUGCCCGAGGUGCGCACAGUCUCGGCAUGGGAGCUAGUCGAUGAUUUCGAUAAUCCGGCUCCUUCCCCCUCAUACGAGGAUGAGGAUGAAUGGCCUUCACACGUCGAGGAUGGGGAUGGCUGGAGCGGUGGCUUCUUAGGGAUGAAGAACUUCAUAGAAUGUAAGCAGACGGGCUUUGAUGAUUUAAUCAGUAACGCGGUUUGGGUUUCACGGCGCGUUGGUGAGAAAACGGUGGACGUUACGCACGAUAAGGAUAUUGAAUCCUUUUUAAGGGGCAGCGAUUUAGAGGUGGAUGGUGGUAUUGAUUGCAGACACAGUCCCCAUCCGGUCUUGCGAUGGGCGAUCAAUUAUAUUCGAACGGAAAAUGGUCUCUUCAGAAAGAAGAAAGGAUGGGAUGGAGUGACCGGAACGAUAUUUAAUCUGCCGACAGGGCCCCCUGAAUCGGAACCUCAUCCGAGUGAUGAACGACUAUCUCAAAUUCGAAGCAAACCUGCCGAGUCCAAGAUUUUCCCUCUUGACAUACGGCGGGUGGACUCGGUCCUGGCUCGCAACUAUCAGCCAAUUUGCCAUCUGAAUGAAGAAAUUCUUGAUUUUGACUGGGAUAUGCCGGGGAAACGUGAAAUGAAGGAAAGUGAUCCUUGGUGGGUUACACCGGACCAAGAAAGAAAGCGCGAGAUAUCGUCUCGCCAAGGUAUGCCAUGGAAACCAAGGUACAAGAAUAAUGUCUUACUCCCCUAUGAUGAAGUUAAUUGGUUGGACAAUCGUCUCAAGGAUGAUGUGGGUGAUUCCAAAUACUUCGUUACUAACCUCCAUGGUGGAACUUUGAUUGUCAAUGGCCAGGAAGUGAAAAGAGGGCGCGUUGCCGGGCCGCUGCCAAAGUUUGCUGUGAUUGAAUGUCCUGGUCAUCAAGUGGCCUUUUGGUGGGGUAUCGGGGGCAGAACUUUGGGCCAGGGACCAAACGAACCACAAUCUCCAGGAGAUUGGGAGAGUAUGAGAGUGGUUCCGGGAUGGGAGCAUUGUGGCAAGACGGCUGGUGAAGUGUGGGAUGCAAUGAUCAUUGAUAGGAUGAAGAGGGUGGCAGCAGGGGAAGGCCCAGAGCCUGAUGAUGAGCAGUGGGAGGCAUGGAAGAAUUAUCAACCCCCUCCACCUCAAGAUAUCCCCAGUAUAAUGCCUAGUCCGACUGUACCUUUUGCUACAGAAGAAGAAGAACUCAAAUGGAUAGCCGUGCAGUCCGAACUAAUGAGGAACACCCCACCAGGCGCGGGCAAUGAAGAGAUUGUGGAACCAAGUGGUGAUAAAAGGUGGCCUGGCCCAAUACCUGAACUCCAUAAACCGCAGCCUAGGGUUCCCACUCAAGAGGAAAGGGAGGCUAUCUGGGCACAGAAGGGGGAAGCCUUAAUUGCACAACAGAUCCAGCUGGUACGCAAGUUGGGAAUUUCGAAUGACGACGACAAACAUAGGAUUUUGAGGGAGCGGAAGCGGAGACGGGUCAGCGAUGUUAAUAAUCCUGAGCCGAAAAGGCUGAAAAGUAAAGUUACUCUCCCUAUCGCGCCUGAAGCAACUAUAGGCGCUGUCCCCGAAGGAGGCGCGUUAUAG